GUGCGGCUGGCCUAAAAACCAACAGCUCUCUCUCUCUCUCUCUCUCUCUCUCUCUCUCAGUGUGCGGCUGGCCUAAAAAUCAACAGCAAUGGCCUGCACAGCAUACAUGGCAAGCCCAAACAUGGGCUCUGCUUGUUUUUAUGGUGACAUCAAGCCCCUGUCUCGCUCAAUGAAGCAAGUUCGCUUGCCCAGUAAAAGCGACACCUCCUCCUCUUCUUCUUCUUCUUCUUCACCGCCAAGACAGCAAGCGGUUGCUUCAGUUUUAGCGACACCCAUUUCAUCAUCAUCACCACCACCAUCAUCAUCAUCAACUUCUUGUCCCUUAGAGGCCGCCGCCACCACCUCGGUUCUGCGCCCUUCUUGGCGAGAGAUCCAAGGUUGCAACGACUGGGAGCACCUCUUGGAGCCCUUGCACCCUCUCCUCCGGCGAGAGAUCGUCCGCUACGGCGAGUUCGUGUCUGCGUGCUAUCUCGCGUUCGACCUCGACCCCGCAUCCAAGCGCUACUUGAAUUGCAAGUAUGGUAAGAGGAAGUUGCUCGAAGAAGUCGGGAUGGGCGACUCUGGGUAUGAGGUCACCAAGUACAUUUACGCCACGCCGGACGUGAGCAUCCCGAUGCCUAAUGGGGCGGCGCCGUGCUGCGGCCGAUGGAUCGGGUAUGUCGCGGUCGCCUCGGACGACAUGGCGAGGCGGCUCGGGAGGCGGGAUGUAGUGAUUAGCUUCCGCGGGACAGUCACAAGCCCCGAGUGGAUCGCUAACUUCAUGAGCUCUCUCACCCCAGCGCGCCUUGACCCGCACGACUGUCGCGAAGAUGUGAAAGUCGAAUCUGGGUUCCUGAGCCUCUACACUGCGGAUGAGGCAGCCUCGAGCAAGUUUGGGAUCAAGAGCUGCCGCGAGCAACUUCUUUCCGAGGUUUCACGGCUCAUCAAGAAGCACAAGGGCGAGGAGAUGAGCAUCACACUCGCUGGGCACAGCAUGGGGAGCUCUCUGGCCCACCUCCUCGCCUACGACAUCUCGGAGCUCGGCCUCAACAAGUUCACCUCCAAAAAUGAUUCAAUUCGAGACAUACCCAUCACGGUGUUCUCGUUCGGUGGACCGAGGGUCGGCAAUUUGGCAUUCAAAGAGAGGUGCAACGAGCUCGGGAUCAAGGUCUUGAGGAUAGUGAAUGUGAAUGAUCCAAUCACAAAGCUUCCUGGCGUGGUGUUCAAUGAACAUUUUAGGGUUUUGGGUGGGAAAUUUGAAUUCCCAUGGAGUUGCUCAUGCUAUGCACAUGUCGGUGUUGAGCUUGCCCUUGACUUCUUCAAUGUCCAAAACCCUUCUUGUGUCCAUGACCUAGAGACCUACCUAAGCUUGCUCAAAUUCCCCAAAAAAUUCCAAAUUGAAAGGGAGGCUAAUUUGAGGAUCGAUAGUUUUAUCCACAAGGCAAGAGAUUUGCUUCUAAGUGCACAAAACCUCAACAUGCAGCUUCCAGUGUGGAGGAAUGUUGCUACUAAUGUGGUGAGCUUGAUUCCUUCCCAAAGGUCUUGA